AUGUCUGCCUUUGUGACGCAAACUCAAGCAGCAUAUACACUGCCCGUCAACGUUUCAAUCAUAGGUUACCACUGGAGGACGAGUCAGGAACAUUGCUUCUCAGAUUUGUAUGCACCGUACCAUCAUCCCCUCGGACUCGAUUCACGCACGCCAGGGAUAGGCGCCAGGCUCCGGUCCCUAAGACGAUGUGCUGAGAACGACGUGUGGCAGGAAUGA